AUGAGCCUCAUGACUGCCACGCUCACAGACGCCGAAAUCGACGCGCUUAGCACCUCAGCCUUUGACCACGAUGGCGCGAUCCGCAAGCUCGACAAAAUUAUGCGCUCGCUAAACACCGACCCUACUUCAUUCAUCGAAUCGAUCCGGGUCAAAAACACGCUCGAUGCGUACGUCCAACGGGCCAAACUUGAGCCGACUCUGCCAGUGCUCAGGCUCAUCUUGAACUGCGAGUACAAACUGUGGAAGUUGGCCGAAGAGACACCCAUGAAGCACAAAGUUUACUUGUCGCACUGGGUAGAGGCUCUCGUGGAAUACAAUAACGAGGCAGCCGAAGGGCAGGAAGACAAGGCGACCAGCAACGACACUGUCACUGCUGCGGAAGUCCGGAAGACCAGGGCGGAAUACAUCAUGGGGCUCCUGCUGUGGGAGCCGUCGUCAUCCAAAGCCUCACCCCACUUGAUACUGGACCGCCUUAAGAUGGAUGGUGUUCCACUAGCAACCUUCGAUCUGGGACCGUAUAUGUGCAUGCUCGUUGAGACCGAGGUUUGGGACGUGCUGCCAGAGCCGAAAGUACGAGCUCCUGCACAGCCCGUCCAGAAGCCCACAGCACCAGCGGAAGACGAGGAGUCACGGCACGUUACUCAGGCGCAAGAAGUUAACAGCUCACAGUCAUGGGAUGAAGUCAUAACCCGAAAGCUCAAAUUCGAACCCGAACAAGCCGUGCGAGAACUCGCGCAUCUUCCACUCGAGCUAUCGUCCCUAGAAUUCCUCACCAAACUACACACCAACCACACCUUCGUUGACAGCGGGAUUGAUGGUCAAGACGUUACCAUCCAUUUCAUACAGCACGCAAUGCGGCUUAUCGAGAAGAUGGAGGCGCCCCCUCCGACGUCGCAGGAGACAACGACCAACGGUACUGCCAACGGAACCACCAAUGGAAACACCAACGGUGUUGGCAACGGUACCCCGAUCGUUGAAUACGGAAAGGAUGCGCAACGUCGCGCUGUCAUGAUACUGCUGUUGUUCAUCAAAAGCUCAAUCACCAAAGGCUUCGUUGAAGCGGGGGCGCUCUUCUAUGAGCUUCAGGAAAUAUGCAUUCGAUACAUAUGGAUAAAAGAGGUCAGGGACUUCAAGGCUUGGACGCAAGGACAGUUUGGGGUCAACUAG